AUGCGCUCCACCUUCGUCGUUUGUUUCAUAGUUGUCACACUACUGUGCGGUAAGUUGGCUACACGGUAUAACGGCGAUUAAGCAUGUAGGAAGCAUUAACUUUUUGAUAAACGACAACAUAAAUUUAAUUUCUUAGAUUUAGCUAUAAACUUCUAUUUUAAAACAUUUUCUUUUUUUGGUAUGUAGUAGUACACUGUAUUGUCCACCCAGUGAUAGUUUUACAAAUACUUUGUGGUUUAACAUAUAGCUGUUGUUUAGUUUGCAUAUUUUAGUCGUCAAUGCACAAACUAACCCGCCAGCAGCUGCCCCAGUGACAGCUGCUGUGACUGGAGCUGCCGCAGCCGUGACUGGAGCUCCAGUAGUCACAACGACCAAAAAGAACGCUUCAUUCGGAAUUACAGUACCGUAAGUUGUAUUGAGUUAGUCAAAGAGUACUACUGCUACAACUUUGCAGCAAUGAAUGUUAUUUUUUGCCAAAAAUAGAAAUUUUAAAAAAUUUUAAGUUUCAAAGUUAUAAAUGUAAUUUUCUGUUCUGUUAGAUAGAAAAGUGACAACUUACUACAAAUAUCAAGGAAAAAGUACAUUACUUGAAUUUAUAAAAAAUAAUUUUUGCACAUUUUUAAAUUUAAAAAUUUAUUAGGCUUACAUUUGCAGCAACCUUCAUUAAAAGCAAGUCUAUCACAAUUUAACGAUGAGAAAGUAAAUCAAAAUUGUUAAUAAUCAUACAAAACUAUACAUAUUAAUUGAGGCUACGUAUUAUUAUUUAUGAUAAUUACAUUUUAACAUUACAUUGAAUCUUUUACAUUAUUUUAAUUUCAUUUCCUUUUGAUUUCAGCUUUAAAACUUUUAAAUCUUCAAAAUUGAGUAUUUCAUGAAAUCAAAGAUUGUUGUCCAGUAAAAACCCAUAUAAUGUACAAAACACUGUUUCAGAAGCGUGGUUGCUCUACUGUCAUCAGCUGCUUUAAUGCUGCGUCUGUGA